ACGGACCUAGCCCUUGUUCCGCUACUCUGAUCGUUCCCGUGUUCCUUUGCUGGCUCGCUUUCUUCGUGCCGUGACUGCUUCUCAAGCCUUUGUCUGAAUGUAUGACAGCAUGUCCACAAUGGUGUACAUAAAGGAAGACAAGCUGGAGAAGCUCACGCAGGAUGAAAUUAUUUCUAAGACAAAGCAAGUGAUCCAGGGGCUGGAAGCUCUGAAGAAUGAACACAAUUCCAUUUUGCAAAGUUUACUCGAGACACUGAAGUGUUUGAAGAAAGAUGAUGAGAGUAAUCUGGUGGAGGAGAAAUCAAACAUGAUCCGAAAGUCACUGGAAAUGUUGGAGCUGGGCCUGAGUGAGGCACAGGUCAUGAUGGCUCUGUCCAGUCACCUGAAUGCCGUGGAGUCGGAGAAACAGAAGCUGCGUGCGCAGGUCCGCCGUCUCUGCCAGGAGAACCAGUGGCUGCGGGAUGAACUGGCCAGCACGCAGCAGAAGUUGCAGAAGAGCGAGCAGUCCGUGGCCCAGCUGGAGGAGGAGAAGAAGCACCUGGAAUUCAUGAACCAGCUAAAGAAGUACGACGACGACAUCUCUCCGUCCGAGGAUAAAGACAACGAUUCCACCAAAGAGCCCCUGGACGACCUUUUCCCAAAUGACGAUGACGACCCCGGCCAGGGGAUCCAGCAGCCACACAGCAGCGCCGCCGCCGCCGCCCAGCAGGGCGGCUACGAGAUCCCGGCGCGGCUGCGCACCCUGCACAACCUGGUCAUCCAGUACGCCUCGCAGGGCCGCUACGAGGUGGCCGUGCCCCUCUGCAAGCAGGCGCUGGAGGACCUGGAGAAGACGUCCGGCCACGACCACCCGGAUGUGGCCACCAUGCUGAACAUCCUGGCCUUGGUGUACAGAGACCAGAAUAAAUACAAAGACGCAGCUAAUCUACUGAAUGAUGCCUUGGCCAUCCGCGAAAAAACUUUGGGCAAAGAUCAUCCCGCGGUGGCAGCGACGCUGAACAACCUCGCAGUGCUGUACGGCAAGAGGGGCAAGUACAAGGAGGCGGAGCCGCUGUGUAAGAGGGCCCUGGAGAUCAGAGAGAAGGUUUUGGGAAAGGAUCACCCUGACGUCGCCAAGCAGCUAAAUAACUUGGCCUUACUGUGCCAGAACCAGGGCAAGUACGAGGAAGUGGAGUACUAUUACCAGAGGGCCCUGGACAUCUACCAGACUAAGCUGGGGCCCGACGACCCCAACGUGGCCAAAACAAAGAACAACCUGGCCUCCUGCUACCUGAAGCAAGGGAAAUUCAAGCAGGCAGAGACACUGUACAAGGAGAUUCUCACCCGUGCGCAUGAAAGGGAGUUUGGUUCUGUAGACGAUGAAAAUAAACCCAUCUGGAUGCACGCCGAAGAAAGAGAAGAAUGCAAAGGAAAGCAGAAGGACGGGACAUCCUUCGGAGAGUAUGGCGGCUGGUACAAAGCCUGCAAAGUCGAUAGUCCAACUGUUACAACUACUUUGAAAAACCUUGGGGCACUUUACAGACGCCAAGGCAAAUUUGAAGCUGCAGAAACAUUGGAAGAAGCAGCCAUGAGGUCACGUAAACAGGGUCUCGAUACAGCUCACAAGCAGAGAGUGGCUGAAGUGCUGAAUGACCCUGAGAGCACGGAGAAGCGCAGAAGCCGCGAGAGCCUCAACGUGGACGUGGUCAAGUACGAGAGCGGCCCUGACGGGGGCGAGGAAGUGAGUAUGAGCGUGGAGUGGAACGGGGAUGGCACUGGAUAUUUAAAACGCAGUGGUUCCUUUAGCAAACUCCGAGCCUCAAUUAGACGCAGCAGCGAGAAGCUGGUUAGGAAGCUGAAGGGAGGAAGUUCCCGAGAGAGUGAGCCCAAGGACCCCGGCAUGAAGCGUGCCAGUUCUCUGAGUGUCCUUAACGUGAGUGGCAAGGCAGCAGAAGACCGUUUUCAAGACCGAACUAAUUGUCUAGCAGACUCAAGAGGUCUGAGUGCCAGCCACACCGACCUGGCCCGCUGCGGGCCGAGGCCGAGCUAGCUGAGCCCUGAGGCUGCCGGGCCGGGCCCGGCCCUCCCCUAGGCAGUGACCCCCACCAGCCCAGGGGGGCUGCCCGCAUUCCGUUAAGUGGCCCGCCGUCCUGGGGCCGGACAGCUGCCCGAGCACGCCCGCAGACCCGGCGGGCGCAGCGGCUUCAGCACGCCCGGAGUCGCCGCUGCCACGGACUCGUGCCCUUCCCGCCACGGCAGCAGGAUCCGUUCAGUGCUAACUUAAACACCACACUGAGUAGGCUGCGGGUCAGGGAGCGGCAGCCUUAAGCCACACACCCUGUGAGGAUCUGCACCCCGAUCCUCGGGGGAGUGAGCGGGAGGCAGGACGGGACAGUGGCCAGCGGCUGUUCCCUCUGGGAGGUCGUCCAGCCUCCGUGCAGUGGGACACCCCCUGCUGGACAUGGCCUGGGCCCACGCUCACCCCUUGUGGCCAUUCUCUGUCCUGGCCCCAACUCUAAGCAGCAUUAGUAAUAAAAGGCUUUUCCGGUAGCGUCGAGCACCACAGUGGGCACUUGGACAGGAGCGUUGUCACAUCCGGCCUGAGGCCUGGUUCCGUAAGGGAGGUCGGGGGCCUGACCGAUGGGUACGACGCUUCUAAGCAGAUGACAAGAUGAAGCUCCAGAUGACAGCUGUGCAGAGGGGCACGGCAUGCGAUGGCUCAGAAGCUUCUUCCUCUAAUUUGACGGGGGUCUGUGAGCGUCCCUGUGGGAGACUAACGUAAUGACGCAGGCGAUGUCACAGCAGAGGCCUAGUGUGUGUGUAUUACUAGGCACCUCUUCCUGUGACUGGCACUGGGCUGCGUACGCGCCCACAGGGGCUCACGGAGAGUUCACCGAGGACUCUGGGCAACUCGCUGGAUUUACUGGGGACUCCCUCCGGGGUGCCCUGGAGUCCACAUGUGGUUCAGCCAGAGUGGGGGCUCGGGGCCGGAGGCAGCACGCCUGGGGUCUUGUCACAGCGAGGCUUUCCUGGGAGUUUCCUGUAAUUUAGUGUCACCUGUGGCACAGCAUGCUUGUGGUGAAAGCGCACUUUUUCUCAUGGCACUCGCAGCUGUGCCCUGCUGUGCCCGCGGCCCCCGCAGACUGUCCCCUCCAGCCUGCCCUGUUGGCCACGCCCCUUUUUGACACUGUAUUUUUGCGGCUGUCACGCAUCAGGACGCACUCUCUCGACGCUCUCCAGAGGUGCUUAAAACUUGACGGGUCGUAGAAACCAGUCAGCAGCGGAGAGCACAGUUGUGUCCUCGCGUAGAGUGGACGCUGCGGCCUGCAGUUCAAGUCUCAGCGGGAGGGGCAAGCUGGUGCUGCCGGGGGGUCAUCUGCGCCCCGUCCCUGUCAGGAGGCGGACCUGGGAGCUGUUCGUUUCCUCCCUGCUGUCUGCAGCUGGAGCUCUGACAGCACGUGGAAACCCCCGCGGGCUCCCGUCGUGACCGCCCCCUCCGGACCAGCAAAGGCUAUUCAGGGAGAGCAAACACGGGCCCAAACAAUUUAAUUUUAAGCUCCCAGUUGCUGGAAACAGGCCGUCUCUGCAGGGACCUUUUUCGAACCUGACCUGGCUAGGAGCCCGUUGGCCCGGGUCCCUCGGUGGCUUGUGGUGGCCUUUGCAGGGUGUGUGGGGAGUGUUCGGUGUGAGGCCAGAGGCCUCCUGAAGCCAGGUGCGACACCCUUCCCAUCCCAGGGGAUGCCGCAUGGGAGUCUGCGGUCCGAUUUCUCAACUUAGACCCGAACAGAGAUGGGCCAGGUCGUAGCCCACUUCUGGUCUGAAUCGUAACUUUCUCCAAGAGCAGCAGUGGGUCCAGCUGUCCCCCAGUGCUGUCCUUUCCCAGUGAGGGGCCCUAAGGGAGCCAGCCCUCGUCCAUACGUAGUUCCUGUCAAGGUAGAGUCCCUGAGAGGAUGGAUGUGGGCUGGAGCCAUGCUGUCUCAGCAGGAGAGUCUGAAGGCCGAGGUCCAGGCAGGGCAAGCAGCGCGGCCCCCAUGGGCUCCUGGGCUGGGUCCUGCAGCUGUCUUUGUUUACAGUGUUAGAUUCAAAUAGUUAUUUUCUGGAAUUAAAAAAAAAAUUUCCAUGACCUGUUGGGUCAGGGAGCUGCUAGGAAUAUCAUGUAAUUAGAAAUUCAGUAAGAUUAAGUAUCACUAAGAAUAGUUUGUAAUAAAGUAUCUCAUCAUCCUAACUGUGGGAUGUUCUUGGAAGCAGUUCUGAUAUGUUUGUAUUUGCACUUAAUUGUGAGCAGUGACUGUGUGAUCAUCAGACUUCUGAGAACUAUAAAGUGGCACUUGGAUGGCACUGACCAAAGGCGGGUUCAGGUCAGCUGAGUGGGUCUGGUCGGGGCAGACGGCAAUUUCCGUGACCUGGGCGGGCCCACAAACUAGUUCCCCAGCGCCAUAGGGGAGGCCUAGUGGUUUGCAGUGGAACUAAGCUCCGUGGGCAUGUGGGGGUGUUGGGGCAGUGAGGAUGAGCUGGGGGAGUGCCCAUGGUGGGGAUGGUACGUAGCAAGAGGCCCAGGACAGCAGUGGUGGGUGCUCCUUAGGGACUGGCGUUUGGAUGGGGCUGGGGGCACCCCGGGGCUGUAUGCAGCUGCCAACCUGGCGGGCAGGUGCAGCUCGCUGGUCAUCGUUAACUUCCAUUCUGCCUGGGGGCUGUAGUUUUGUUUGUGUGACUUAACUAGAAAUCAUUUGGAAUUAUUUAUGUUUAAUGACAAAAAUAAAGUGUUUUAUUUCCUGUUGUGAA